ACAUCUUUCAAUAUUUGCACAAAACCUUGACAACAGUUCCAGUACCCAUUAGUUUGGACCUGAUUGACGAGAGAGGAGGCAUUUUCAUAUGUCCCAUCUGUCAGUGCAUAUUAAGCAGGCCAGUAGUUCAAACUCCUUGUGAACAUAAUUUGUGCCACAUGUCUCAGUGCUUAUUUUAAGCACUGCAGGAGUGAUGAUGUCAAAUGUCCACUAUGCAAUCGAGUAAUUGGUUACGGACAAGUGACUAAAGUGACUAACCUGAAUCUGUCAGUUUUUGCACCAGCACCCGAGCUGGAAAAAGAAGAAACUCUGGGGGUGGGUAGUUAAAUUAGAGAAGCCCCUAGCAUAGUGUACUUUAAUACCACACUGCAAUAGAAAAACACAACCAUCAUUUUUUUGUUCAUUGUUCCGUUAAUAUAGUUAUACAACUUCAUACGGUGGGUGUUCGACCCAAUCGGACACCCGAUAUAGUGAUUAUAAUACCAAAUUAAAAGAUUUCUUUUGUGAAAGACAUACUCAAAACUUAAUGUUUUCAAGGACAUCAAUGACACUGCAAUGCUCCACACCUAUGUGUAUUUUAGUUCGACCCCGUCUCAUUCUCAAUCCCUAGCAAAUUUACUCCACCUCUUGGGUUCUGCGAUGCCCACUGCCCAAUUCUUAGUUGCUGAGAGACAUUUUCGUGUUGAUACACACUAGCUGUCAACUUUUAAUUUAAUAUGGUAAUCUUCAAUUUACAGUCUGUGUUAUAACUCCAGUGUUGUCUUCACACCCAGGAUGAUAUAGCUGGAUAUGGCAUCGAUCACUACAUCCCGGACUCGAAGAUCUUACUGUCUGUUAAUACAUGUAUAUAAUGUUGCUUAUAAAAGGAUAUCUUUUGUGUCUUUUCAUUUGUUCUAGUGACAUUCUGGACGCCUUGAGCUUCCGACUAGUAUAACUUUUCCAAUAAGUGGUCAUGCUGAAUUACAAUUUGGAAAAGAAAAAUAAUUUACUAACUAUGAAAGAUCUUACGUCCUACGUCUUGACGAGAGCUGGAUUUAUACAGAAAUGAUUGCCCAAAACACAUCAUGUUUUCUGUUGGCUUAAUAAUUUAGUUUCUUAUUUAAUCCUGUGUUUUAACGUUUGCACUCUAUGGGUGAAAGAUUUCAGUGCAUUGUCAGUAGUGUAUUGGGCCUUGAUAAGACACUUUAUGUAAAUUUAUGCAUGACAUCAUCACGUCAUUUGCAUAAAUGAAUAAUGAUGUUACUGUGAACGUGUCUAAACUCAUUUCACUUAUAGGGUAAACGGUAUCCAAAAUGCGCGGGAGAACUGCGAGUCAGACAAAGAAAUCAACGAGUGUUUGUGCGUUAUGUAACGCGUCAGACUCGGAACAGGAAAUUUAACGGAGGGGGCUGUAUCAAUACUCGGCGGGAGGAUUCUGAAACAGAUCCGGAGGUCAACCAAUCAAAACUCAGUAUAGUAGAGCCAAUCACAGGACGUCUCUUAUCAACUGUUUGCAUUUGAAGCCCUGUAAAGGUGCUAAUGGUUUUCCACAACAGACUUCUCGCACUUAAAGCACAUUUUGUAAACAACCUUAGAAAAACUGUACAUAACCUUAAAAUCUUGAUCGGACAGAAUACGCAGGUUUGGAAAAAACAAGGAGCCACGAAUCGUAAUUUAAGCAGGCAGAAAAUUCAAAUGGAACAGCCAGUUUGUUGAGCGUAUUCCCGUCAUCAUGUACAGCGCAGAAGAUGUGCAUCUUUACCCGGCUGAAAAAUGGAUGUUUUUUCUCGAGUUCUUUGCACUGACACAGUUUGAGCAACAUACAUGUACCUUAGAACUUCGGCUUGCUGAAAUUGACGGUCUGCUGGAUUCGAGCGAUCAUCCCUUUUCAUCACAAGAUCUCUUGUUUGAAAAUGAACAACUGUGUGCUCAUCUCGUGGGGAACUCGGAACUCAGUCAGUAUGACCAGGCAGGUGCAGGAUGGAGCGAGCACCCGCCCGCUAACAGGGAAAACCAACCUCUCAUGCCAGACCACGGCCGUGUCAGCAGGGGUAGUGAACUUGGAACAAGCGGGGUAGGAUCUAGACCGGUAGCUGGUGCUAGCCCCGGCUCUGUCAAGAUUGAUUCGGACGAGGAGAGCCUUCCAUCUUUUACCGACGCUGAUUUGGACCCUGAGUGGAGCUUGGACGAGCCACCAUCCAAGAGACUUCGGACAGCAGCGCCAGAGGAUUGCUACAACAUCAUGAGUGUUAAAGAAAAACACAUCAAGAAGUUUCAGGCGCAUACUUAUGAUUAUAACAUCCAGUUUCAAAAUAUGGAAGAGUGUGCACAGUACGAUCCGACCUCGAAAUCGGGUGGGUUGUUCACCGAGUAUGUCAGUUACUUCUUGAAGAUUAAAGUGGAGAAUUCUGGCAUUCCGAAAUGGUGCAAAAAUGAAGCAGAUAUUGAGAAGUUCAUCCAGGAGUAUGAGGAGAAAGAGGGAAUUGUGCUCAAGCAUGUCAGCAGUGCAACAAGAAGGGAAGGGGUCUGCAAACCGAACUUGAAUGGAGUUACACUUGACGACCUUGGCGACGCAGAGACAGUCUUUGAAAUCAAUGUUCAGGCGUAUUCGCUGGUGCUGAGGGAGGAUGGCGAUUCAGAGGAGGUGGAGACAGAUGACCAAGGAAGACAACUAGGGUAA